GAAAAUAGCAAAUUUAAUAAAAAAAGCCAAAAAUAAAAUAAAGAUCAAAUCAAAUAUCAACAAGCAUAAUGAGAGAUAUCUUUCUUUUCUCUCUCUCCCCUCCUCCUUCAUAAUAAAUCUAGGGUUUCUAUAAGUUUCCCAGCAAUCUGUAUCACUCCCCUCUUCCCCAAAUCUCUCUUUUCUCUCUCUCCACCCACAGACACAUACAAAGAAGGGAUAAAUAAGAAGUAAAAGAUGGUGAGGGGAAAGACGGAGAUGAAGAGGAUAGAGAACGCAACGAGCAGGCAAGUGACUUUCUCCAAGAGAAGAAAUGGACUUUUGAAGAAAGCUUUCGAGUUAUCGGUCCUUUGUGAUGCUGAAGUUGCUUUGAUCAUCUUCUCUCCAAGAUCCAAACUCUAUGAGUUCUCUAGCUCUAGUAUAGCAAAAACGAUAGAACGAUAUCAGAGACGAGUGAAAGAAAUUGGGAUUAACCAUAAGAAAGAUAAUAAUUCUCAGCAAGCACGAGGCGAAACAUAUGGCUUGGCAAAAAAGAUUGAACAGCUAGAGAUAUCAAAACGCAAACUGCUUGGAGAAGGUGUUGAUGUAUGUUCUAUCGAGGAGCUGCAACAAUUAGAGAAUCAGUUGGAGCGUAGCUUAACCAGGAUAAGAGCCAAGAAGUACCAAUUACUCCGUCAAGAAAUUGAGAAGUUGAAGAAUGAGGAGAAGAAACUCACUCAGGAAAAUAAAGAACUGAGGGAGAAGUGGCUUGGAAUUGGAGCUAUAGUAGUAGCAUCAUCAUCAUCGACCUUAUCAUCAUCAGAAGGGAACACUGACGACAAUGACGGCAAUAUGGAAGUGGAGACUGCUUUUGUCAAUAUGGGUUGCAUCAUUUCUUCUCGGAAAAAGAAACCGGCGAAAAAAGAGUCGCCGGAGUACCGUCCUCGCUUCCACAUGCCUCCAUCGGAAACAAGAAUAGCUGAUGAUGGUCAAGCCCGAAAGGUCGCAGAGUUGUUGGAUAUGAGUGAUAAAUUAGGUCCCAGGGAGCUCAAGAGAGAAGAAAGCGUUCUUGUUAAUUCUCACCCUCGCUCAUCGGAACUAGCUUCCUCCGGUUGGCCACCGUGGCUUAUCUCCGUCGCCGGUGAAGCCCUUGUCGGUUGGAUUCCUCGCCGUCAAUCUCAAUUCGAGAAGCAAGAACAAAUUGGUGGAGGAACAUUCAGUAAGGUGUUCAAAGCUAGAGACCUUCUCUGUAACAAGACCGUAGCUUUAAAGCGAAUCCGGUUUGAUCUAAGCGACUCAGAAAGCACCAAGAGUAUAGCCAGAGAGAUCAUAAUCCUGCGCAAGCUUGAUCAUCCCAACGUCAUUAAACUAGAAGGGCUAAUGCUCGUGGACCACGAUUCCUCUAUCCUCUACAUGAUCUUUGAGUACAUGGAACAUGACCUCUUGGGACUCUCUUCAUUACUCGGUGUUGAAUUCUCAGAACCUCAGGUUAAAUGCUACAUAACGCAGCUCUUGAGAGGGCUUGAUCAUUGUCACACAAAUCAUGUACUUCAUCGGGAUAUAAAAAGCUCGAACCUUCUCAUAAACGGUGAUGGAGUCCUCAAGAUUGCGGAUUUUGGGUUAUCGACCUUCUUCGAUCCUCACAACAGUGUUCCCUUGACAACCAAUGUUGUGACUCUGUGGUAUCGACCUCCUGAGCUUUUGCUUGGAGCUUCUCAUUACGGUGUUGGUAUCGACUUGUGGAGCACAGGCUGCGUCAUAGGUGAACUGUACGCCGGAAAGCCUAUACUUCCUGGAAAAAACGAGACAGACCAACUGCACAAGAUAUUCGAGUUGUGCGGAUCGCCUUCAGAGGAUUACUGGAAAAAACUAAAACUAGAGCUUUCGACUCCACUGAGACCAAUGUUUUCAUAUGGAUCGAAUAUAGCAGAGACAUUCAAAGAGUUUCCAGAUCCUGUUAUCUCGCUUCUAGAGACUUUGCUCUCAGUAGAUCCAGAGUUUCGAGGCACUGCAGCUAGUGCUCUCAAGAGCGAGUACCUCAAGACUGAGCCAUUGGCUUGUGAUCCAUCUUGUCUACCAAAAUUCCCUCCCAGUAAAGAAAUGGACAUUAAAACGCGGGACGAAACUAGAAAACAAGCUUCACAGAUUAGAAGAACAGACGAGUCUCAAGAUGUCCAUCCAAUUCUAGCAGAUUCUUCACUCACAGAGCAGCUUCAGAGAACGUGUUCAGAUUCCAAGAGCAGUGACCAUUCAUCAUAUACAACGUCUUACGAGGAAGACGAGAGUUCUAGUUUACCAGAUCAAUCUCCUAGACAUAUGCAAACAGCAGAGGACAUGAUAACAGAAGAUGGAACUGGAGAGGAAGUCUCUUACACGGACCCAUCUAGUGAAGACAAGAAUCUAGGUGGAUCGACGACUAUGGAGGAACACAUACCUUGGCCAAUGAGUCCAUUUAGAGUUGACCAAACAGCAACUCUGCCAAGCGUUUACGAGAAUGGGACAUCUUCGUCGGAGAGAGUAGGCAUCAAGCACACUCUGAUUGAGGAUUGUACUGUCAAUUAG